AUGAUACGAAUACCACGACCUUCAGUCCUUGUACCAAGAGUCCACGCUCUGAAUUCAUCAGCAUCGUCAUCAUCAUCGAUAUUGAAGAAAGGAUAUGCUUAUUCUUCUUCUUCUUCUUCUUCUGCAACUACCCAUACUUUCUCUCCUACAUCAGUGGUGACUACCCUACCUAACAAAAUUCGCGUGGCCACCGAACCUCUACCAGGGCAUUUCCACGCUGUAGGUGUAUACGUAGAUGCUGGAAGUAGAUUUGAGAGUUCACGGACCAGUGGAAUCUCUCAUCUAUUAGAUAGGUUGGCUUUUAAGAGCACAGAAAAACAUUCAGAUGCAGAAAUGACAACGUUAAUAGAUUCAUUAGGAUCCCAAGUGACCUGUUCAAGUUCAAGAGAAACGAUAAUGUAUCAAUCUACUGUAUUCCCACAAUCAUUACCACUAGCACUGGAAUUAAUAUCAUCCACCAUAAAACAUCCAUUAUUAUUAAAUGAAGAAAUCGAGUCCCAGAAAGAGGCAGCAGCAUAUGAAAUAAGAGAAAUUUGGUCAAAACCAGAAUUGAUUUUACCUGAGAUAUUUCAUACGAUUGCUUUUCGAAAUAAUACUUUGGGUAUGCCUCUGUUAUGUCCUGAAAAUCAGUUACCUUAUUUAGGUGUAAAUGAAGUGAAGAGUUUUAUGAAAGAUUGGUAUAAACCUGAAAGAAUGGUAAUCGCUGGAAUUGGAAUGCCCCACAAUGAAUUAGUCGAAUUAUCUCAAAGAUUCUUUGGUGAUAUACCACCUACAAUAAAUCCCUCAAUAUCAACUUCAGCUUCAACAACAACAUCGACAUCGACAUCGACAUCACUUCAUACUUCAUCGACGACAUCACAAAAUCAAGCUCAAUCAGGAAGAUCUUUUGCUACUGUAUCAAAUAUAUCAGGACCAUCAGAUUUCGAAGAUCUCGUAAAUGCAAAAGCGACUUAUACAGGUGGAGAACAUUAUAUUGAAAAACCAGAUGAUGAAUUAGUUCAUUUACAUAUCGGUUUUGAGGGUUUAGGUAUACAUGAUCCUGAUAUCUACGCUUUGGCUACCUUGCAGACGUUAUUAGGAGGUGGAGGUAGUUUCUCAGCUGGUGGUCCAGGAAAAGGAAUGUAUACGAGGUUAUAUACCAAAGUGUUAAAUCAACAUUACUCUGUCGACUAUUGUGCUGGGUUCCAUCAUUGUUAUGCCGAUUCAGGAUUAUUCGGAAUAGCGACAUCUGUAUAUCCACAAUUCGCACCUAGAGUAGUGGAUGUGAUUGCUGGUCAAUUACAUUCUUUGACAGGACAGAUGUUUGGUGGAAUUGAAGAAAAAGAAUUUAGACGUGCUAAGAAUAUGUUGAAAUCUACUCUUGUUAUGGCAUUAGAAAGUAGAUUGACUGCUGUUGAAGAUCUAGGAAGACAAGUUCAAAUUCAUGGACAUAAAGUACCUGUAGAAGAGAUGUGUGCGAAGAUUGAUCAAUUGACAUUACAAGAUCUGUGGAGAACAGCCAAUAGAGUACUCCGACCUACUUCGUCUACGGGGAGACUGAACUACGGCUUAGGUUCGGGAAAAGCUACGAUAGUAGCUCAAGGACCUAAUUUGAAUGCUUUAGGAGAUGUCAAGAGAACGUUGAAGGAGAGAUGGGGAUUGGGAUUGUGA